AUGGCGGAAGGAGAGCCUUCCUACAUUGAUUAUGAGGCUUUCCUCGACCCCGACUUCUCGCCAGCCAGGUUCGCCAAUACACUCGUGCUAAGCACCAACAAUGCCACCGAUACUCCUCUGGACCUCUCGACACCACUAUCACGAGUACUCUUCGAUCUCCAAGAGAUUGACACCCAUAUUCACGCGCUGACAACAAAAUCGGCACUUCCGCUGCUUUCCCAUACACAGGGUCAAACGGCCGCGGCAGAACGUAUCUUGCAAGAGACGGGGACCCAGAUUGCCUCCGUGACCCAUGGAUAUGAGCGACUGGAAAAAGAAGUAAUUGAAAAAUGGAAAGCCGCUGAAGAGGCUCGAAUUGCCGCUGAAAAGUCAUUGGCUACAGUGCGAUUGGCACGAGCCGUUGCGCGCUGCUUGUCCCUAGGCCGACAGCUUGAAAGCCAAAUGGCAGGAAUUACGGGGCGGGGAAUGACAGGGCAGAAUGCGACAGCAGGAUCUGACGACAAUACGACAGCGACGGAAGGGUUCCGAGCACUGGAGCGCGCAGCCUACACAGUCUUAAGUUUGCGGCAGAUGUUUUCGGCCACAUCAGACGAGGAUGAAGGCUAUGGACUUGAUCGGGUAAAAGUCACCCGAACUUUGCGCAAUGAAUUUGUGCUUCCCGCCGAGAACACGAUCAAAUCUAGGGCGCAGCAGACCAUCAACCGAUUUUCAUUAUCCGGCCAGGCCAAUGGCCAAUCCGGGCCAUUGAGCUACAAACAAGCUCGUGACGCUCGAUCGCGACUGGCGUCCGCAGCAGCUACAUUAUAUCUUCUCUCGCCUAUCCCUCGUGGCGAAAUCACCGUGUCCGACUUCAAACCCGAGCUUCUUCUCUCUACACUGCAGGGCUACAUGCACACAGCCAUCAUGACCUCCGUCAACUCCCUUGCUCGCGCGCUUUCCCAGCUCCCGACCAUGGACCGCACACUUGCCGAUGUCUCUGCCCGAUGCCAGGAUAUUGUUGCUCUCGAGUCCAUCUUAAGAAACCUUCGCUCCCCAUCCCACCCUCUCUUGUCUGCGGGACAGCCUACCGAUUCUGAGACACCAAAUACAAUGAACCUCUUACAACCACUUCAACAAGCCCUGGACACGUCUUCGCUGCCGUCAUACUAUUGGCGCUCGAUCGCCUCUUCCCUCUCUCCACGUGUGCAGGAGAUCAUGAGCCGCGGGGGUGUGUCGGCGCGUACGCUCCGAUCCAAUCGCGAUAGACUCAAGGCUGAGAUCAAGGAAUGCGUGAUGCGUGCAUCCAAGGUUUCUACCAGCAGCUUACUCGCCGAGAAGGGACGCGGAGGGACCGACACAGUCAACGUGGGCAACUGGGAACGAGAAGCAGCAGUCAUGAUCAGCUCCAUUGUUGGGCCGCUGGGCCGGUGA